CUAGUGCAUUCUUAGAAUUGCUGAUUAAUUUUGUGGUGUGUUCCUUUAAAUUGAAUCCGGUUACAUAACUAUGGAGAGGUGGUAUGUUAACUGCUCGCAGAGGCUUCUGUGUAAAGACCUAUGAAUUAAAAGCGGUAACGAGGCACAAAAACACCCCUUACAUAACAGGAAAGGUGUAGAUUUGAGUGUGCGCCUCCCUGCGCAGUCGGGUCAGAGCUGGCACACAUCCACACAACUUUCUGCCGAGUCAUCGAGACAGAUACGCACCUCCGCCCCGGGACUGUGCGCUCAUCUACCCGCUCCAGGUCCGCUCAUCUCCUUCGUCAGUCCGGAGACAGGACCGAGAUGUCAGGCGCGGUGAAAGAUGAACCGAGAGCACCUGGUGAAUGUCAGAGGACAGAAAUGAUCCACGUUGCCGUCAAAAGUCUUUCUGAGAGCAAAGACUUCACCGUUAGAGGAGACUGCACCGUCAGACAGCUGAAAUGGGGUCUAUCAGAUCGCCUGGGAUCCUCAGCAGAGCAGCUGGUGCUGAUCCAUUCCGGCCGGGUCCUCAAAGAAUCAGAGAUCCUGAGUCACCUUAAAGGGCAAAAUGAGUCAGUCAGCCUCUGCAUGAUCCGAAGGCCUCACCGUCCAUCUGCUGCACCCACCGGUGAUCCCGCCUCAGAGACGGUCCAAUCAGAGCUUACAGAUGUUCUCAACCCCGACCAUGAUAAUCAUACACCAUCUCCCACUUCUCCCCUCUGCCUGGUGGAAGGUCUGGACAGUCUUGGCCUAACAAACAACGGGCCUGGCUUCUUCCCUGCACUCCAGCGCCAGAUGGAGAAGCAGCUGUUGGCUGACUCGGAGAUGAUGCGCCGUGUCCUGGGUAGCCCCCUCGUCCAGAGCACCCUCUCCACCUCCACCCCCCAAAUAACCAGACAGCUCAUUCUGUCAAAUCCCCAAAUCCAGGAGCUCCUAGAGACAAACCCAGAGGUGGGAGACAUGCUUAACAACACAGACAUCAUCACACAGGUGCUGGAGCUCAUCAGGAACCCUGACAUGAUAGAGGAAAUGUUACGUAAUGAAGACAGAGCAUUAGACAAUUUGCAAACAGAGCAGGACAACUCUGAAACCAUCACUGGUGACUCUGAUAGCCUUCAGAAUACUGAAGCAAAAAUACAAGGACAUGGUCUCAAACUAUCACAGAGCCAGACAGGAGCACCCCCAGUGGAGACUGCCUCAUCUGGGAAUAAACAGACACCCAAAAGAGGGAGAGACCAGACACCGCCCUUCUCCGAUCAGUCCACAGAUCCUCUCAGAGACCUAACUGCUACGCCCACAGCUGAUCCAAACCCCCAGAGCACUAUUACUGCAGGCAUGCAGUCACUGCUGGAGGAGAUCACGGCCAGUCCAGGUCUGAUGGAAGGCCUGCUGUCUGGGCCGUACGUCAGCAGUCUUCUGAACUGUCUUAGCCAGAACCCUGAACUGGCUGCGCAGAUGUUGCUGAGCCACCCUUUGUUCUCAGGAAAUCCUCAGUUGCAGCAGCAAAUGAGACAGCAGCUCCCUCUCUUCCUGCAACAGAUGCAGAGUCCGGAGCUACUGUCAGCCAUGUUGAACCCCAAAGCCAUGGAGGCUCUACUACAGAUCCAGCAGGGCCUUCAGACUCUGGCUGUAGAGGCACCCGCACUCAUACCUGCGGCUGGCCUCGGAAACCCUGGAGCAAGUGUUAACGUCGCCCCCGAGCUCGCAUCUGACUCGGUCCUGAAUAGCCAACCAGGAAACAGUCCUCAGGUUACCACGGUGACAGAGCAGCAGCAGCAGUUUGUACAGCAGAUGCUACAGGCACUGGCUAACACCAAUAAUGAGGUCCAUCAUGAGGAGACUCAGUUCCAGGAGGAGCUGGAGCACUUGAGCUCAAUGGGCUUCAGAGACAGAGAGGCAAACCUUCAGGCCCUCAUCAGAACAGGCGGAGACCUCAACACUGCGAUACAACAUCUCCUCAGUCUCUGACAAACACAGAUGUUUGUCUGUGCACAUAUAGGUAUGUAGCUAAGAGAAUGCACAUUUACUGACAUUGUCACAUAAGCAUCUACACUCAAUCAUAAUAAUAAUCAUUAUCGGUCACUGUCAACAAUUAUAAAGUGCUUUACAAAAAUGAAACAAGAGACAUGCAAGCCAUAUUUCUAUUGUUGUACUUUCAAAGACUUACUUGUCUUCAUCACUUAACUUUCCACACUAAGUAUAUUCAGUCCUGGCGUAAAAGUCACCUUUAGUAUAUGCUCUGCACUUGUUUUUCCCUCUAAAUUGGGCAUCAAAUGAUAGAGGAUGAACAUAUUGUGAACUUGUUAUUUUGAGCUUUAUAUAUACUCAUAAAAGCUGACUUUAUUUGCUUUUUUAUGAAAUGAGAACUGAGAAAACGUACACAGAUAGCUUCCUUUUUGUCCUUCCAUAGUGAGUUUUGGCUUUAAGAUGAGGUUAGGAACAAAAGAAUACAAUCACUUUCACUCCAUCAGUGACAUGCACUGGUGCAGGUCAGCACAGGUACUUAAAUCCACCUCACAUACGUGUAGCAGCAUAAAUAUUCAAAGGUCGGUCAUGUAAUAUUAAUCUCUGUGCAGACACACUAUGAAGCUUGGGGCCUCUUUUCAUCUCACCACCUGGACAGAGUCUAAUGAAAGCCAGACAUAGUCACAUGUCCUGGAAACUCACAGAGGAUUCACACUCUCGGUCUCAGUCAACAGAUUGAACCAAGAGCAUCAUCUGUUGUGUGCUGUUUUCCCACUCUCCCUCGCUGCUUUUGUGUCUUGUCUACCACAGGCUACACAGAAAGCAGACACAUCAGAUAAUUAUAAAGUCUGUCUCCAAAGGUAAUCUCAGCUGCAAAAAAAGAUGUAUUCAAAAAUGGAGAGGUUAAAAAAGGCAAAAAGUGCUUGAAUGUUACAGUUUAUCUCGAGGCUAUGCAGGCACAGAAAGUCUGAUUUGCAGGGCUAAUCUUCCUGACACACUCUCAUGGAAGAAAAAUUCUAUCAGGCAUGAAAAAAUGUAAUUGAGUCCAGUACUGAAAAAGAAAGAAUGAUAACAUAAUCUAUGAUGAUGAUGGUAAUGAUGAUUUGCUUUGCAUAGGUGAGCCAGUUUUUAGAAACCCUGUGUGCCUAACUAUCUUUCACUGCAUUGACCAAUAAUGCCUGGGUAUUUGAUGUUUUUGCCUUCACUUUUCCUCAUCUCAGCCGAAUUACACCACGCUACAGGAGUAAUGUGAAAUACGUAGUGGCUACAUUUUGUAUUGGUUUCAGUUAACAACAACUGAACAACAUAAUAUCUUAUCCAGCUGAUUUGUGGAUCUGCUGUAAUCAGAAGUGUUGAAUGCUACUCUGUUAUUUACACUUUCUUUCUCUGCUUUUUUGAGUGUGUCAGCACAAUUGUGUUGUCUCUCAAUUAUGUAAAAAUACGCUGUUUGUUGUAACACAGUUGUUCAUCAUUUGGAAUAACAGCGCAGUUAAUUGACCUGUUGCAAAUGGUUAUCAGUUGAUCUGUUGAUUGUCUUUCUUGUAUUAUUAAUAUAUUAAUCACUUAUAAAAUGUUAGAAAAUGGGACAAAAUAUAUGUCACAACUUCCCACUGCUUGUUUUGUCCAAAAUCCAGAGAACGUUCAAUUUACACUUAUAGUAAACAGAGAAAAGGAGCAAAUUCUCACAUCUCAGAAGCUGUAAACACAGUGUUGUGACCAGAAAUUGUGUAGAGAUCAAUAGCAUCACCUGACAGUCUUAAUAAAGACAUAUGUCAAAUACAAACUGGCCUGCCAUCUUCUUUGACUGAUAAAAAAAAAACUCAGUCAUUUUUAAUACAAUUAAAAACUGCUGCUGUAUUAUACAUACAACAAUAUUCGCCAUCUCCUUCAGUAAAAAAAAUCUCUGCUCAUCAAUGUUACUUAUUUAAGAUUCAGACUUUUUCAAUUAUUCUUUUAUUUUGCUGUUCUCUCUGCUCUUAAUAUCUAAGCUUGAACUUUUCCACUAUAAACACUAGGGGGCAGUUACACUCAACUUUUUCCACUAUUAUUUUGGUUUGUAUAGCUGGAAUUAUGCAGGCACAAAGCAUUAUAUUUUUUAGUCUGAAACAAAUCUCAUGUAUGGCUGUUUACAUUUUUCUAGGUCAAUUCAUUAUUAUUCUCAAGUAUGAGGCUGAAAACUAUAUCUGCAUGUUCACCUCUGCAAGAUCUGACAAACCAACUGGCAAAAUUGUAGCGUAAUUCAUAUAUUUAAACUAACACCAAAAAAGCACAAAGUAAUAUUUAGAGGCAAUUUUCAGCUACUAAUGUGAAUAAUAAGAUACUGCACGUGUAGUUGUGUGAGGGUUUCUGUCUGUUUUGUGUCCUCACUCUCAGAGACCUAGUGGAUUAACUGACAUACAAGGCACGUACUACGACAUCAGAUAUGUGUGUAUGUGAUCCACUUGACAACCUGUGUGCGUUUCUCUGUUGCUGCCAGACUGAGUGGGCUUUAAUCUCCAGUUGUGUGUGUGUGUGUGUGUGUGCUGGUUCGCCUGGAUGUGUGAGAUAUGAGAGUAGCCAAGGGGGUUUUUCUGGAUUAGAAGCUCCUAAAAUAUUCGGGUUGAGGUUUGAAGAUGAGUCACACCACAAAAACAGCUCUACAGUGCUGAGUGGAGGUGUGUGUGUGUAUGUGUGUGUGUGUGUCUGAGACAGAGUGUGGGGACAUUGUGCUCAUGGUCACCUGCAUGUGUUUACUGAACAUGUUUAGACAUCAGGAAAGAGGAAUCACACAGCCUUGAGCUGAUCUGACCUUUUAAUAUUGUAAGACCCUAUUGUCAGAAGAGCUAAAGCUGCCUCAUAGCGAUGUGUAGCAGUAAGGUGUUCAAUCUAAUCCCUUAAAUCAUUUUAUCGUAUUCAGUGUGAAGAUUGCAGUGUAAGAUUGCAGGUGCAUUUAACAUUUGAUGUCGGAGCAUGAAAGGUGGUUUGACAGAUUGAAUGAUUUCAUAAAACAGUUGCUUGCUACUAAACUAAUCCAUUUGCUGAUGCAAAGUUGCUGAGAGUAAAACAUAAAAGAUAACACAAAGUCAUCUAAAGAUCAGUGUUAAGUGAAGUAGAGGUGGUAAAAUCAAUACAGAUGCUGGCAGACACGUGUUUCCACAGGCUUAGGAUUCAGCUAUCCACCAGUUAAUAGUGCCCUCUAAAGCAAACUGACACAAAGUUAUAUAAAAGUUAACUUCAUAGAGAUUAAGAAAAAACCCUUAUUUUCUGUAUCACUUUAGGUGAUAAGUCCCUCUGUUACUCUACAUAAAAAAUUU